AUGCUUUGGGGCCUGGUGAGAGAAAAUCCUGAGCGAGCAGCCCUGUACUUUGUCUCUGGCGUGUGCAUCGGACUGGUGCUGACCCUGGCUGCCUUGGUGAUGAGGAUCUCUUGCCACACAGACUGCCGGAGGCAUCCCCGCAAGAAGUUCCUGCAGGAUCGAGAGAGCAGCUGCAGCAAGAGCAGCUGCAGCAGUGACAGCAGCGACAGCGAGGAGGGCAGCUCAGACACCGCGUCCGACCUCUCAGUGCGGAGACACCGCCGCUUUGAGAGGACUUUGAACAAGAACGUGUUCACGUCGGCAGAGGAGCUGGAGCGUGCCCAGCGGCUGGAGGAGCGAGAACGCAUCAUCAGGGAGAUCUGGAUGAACGGCCAGCCCGAGGUGCCCGGGACCAGGAGCCUCAACCGCUACUACUAGGGGAACAGCAGGGACCCCGGACGCUGCCCGCCAGGGACAGGCUCUGCAGAGCCUUGGACACGAGGAGCUGAACCCAGCUCGACUAAGAUGUGGCGGCAGAGAAUAGCAGGACACGCCCACUUUCCAGCCGGGAGGACUAAUUCCUCCUUUUUUGACUAUAUCUAUGGAGAAGUAGAAAAACCAUGUCAGUUCAUCAAUAUUUCCAGGUCUUGGAAUGGUGCUGAAAAACCUUCUCCAACGGUGUGGAUGGAGAUUCGAGAAACGGGACUAUGGUUUCUCUUGAUUUCUGAGGAUCUCAGAAGUUUCUACAGACUUCAUUGCAAUGUGUUACUCCUUUACAAAAGGAAAGAUUAUCAUAGCAUGAGGGCUGGGAAUAAACAGGGUGAACUUUACCCAGUAAAUUCGAUUUUCUAAAUGACUUCAUACUUUGGAGAUGAUUCUGAUUCAGAUAGCAUGAUCCAUGCUUAUUAUUUAAGGCUGAAUUUUUAAAUCUUGUGUUGCAAUGGCAACCUCCUCUAUUUUAACUGGCACCUCAGGGAUUAAAAUCCUAUUUUUAGUAUAGUUCCCACCUCAUUUAUAAAAAUGAACAGAAGUAAUUGUAUUAUGGGAGAUGUGUCAGUGAACCAGAAAAUGUCAAUAACCUCAAAGGAUGAAGGGUUUUUAUUUUAAAUAGUUUAUAAAAUAUAUAUUGACAUGCAUAUUUGAUAAUGCUGCAGAAGAAUAAAAGUUAUGUGUGUUUUCCUCCCCUUUGGAGAGAAGAAAGUUUUGUUAUAACUUCAGGUAAUCAUGAUUUAAACAUCUUAUUUUUUAAAAAAGUGUAUUUCCAAGAAAAAAAGGGCAAUAGGAGGUGAGGAUUAAAGCCAAAAUUACGAGGGGAUAAAAAAUAAAUAUUACAUAAAAUCUU